CUGAACCCCCGUCCUCCGCGCAUUCGUGCAUCUUCUUCCUCUUGCUUUCUGCAUCGAACAAGGGCCAUAGGAUGUCGGCUUCCAAUGCCAUGGGCAUGAGCGAAGGUGCACCCAGCGUAAUGGAGGUCUACGAGAAGCUGGAGAAGGUUGGCGAGGGCAGUUACGGCAAGGUCUACCGAGCCAGAGACCGUCGAACCGGCCAGAUCGUUGCUCUCAAGAAGACGCGGCUUCGCGACGAUGAAGAGGGCGUUCCGCCGACCGCUCUCCGGGAGAUCUCCCUCUUGAAAAUGCUUUCGAUCGAUCCCCACGUCGUGAGGCUGUUAGAUCUCAAACAGGGACAGAACAAAGAAGGGAAGACUGUUCUUUAUUUGGUGUUUGAAUAUAUGGAUACAGAUCUCAAGAAAUUUAUUCGGAGUUUCCGACAAGCCGGUGAAAAAAUGCCAGCCAAGACUGUGAAGAGUUUAAUGUUCCAGCUCUGUAAAGGUGUUGCCUUUUGCCAUGGCCAUGGAGUAUUGCAUAGAGAUCUCAAGCCUCACAAUCUCCUCAUGGACAAGAAAUCUGGACUUCUGAAAAUAGCAGACCUUGGUCUCAGCAGAGCAUUUACAAUCCCAAUAAAGAAGUACACUCAUGAGAUCCUGACACUCUGGUACAGAGCUCCUGAAGUUCUUCUAGGUGCAACUCACUACUCCACUCCGGUAGAUAUAUGGUCUGUCGGCUGCAUCUUCGCUGAGCUUGUUACAAACCAAGCUCUCUUUCCAGGGGAUUCAGAACUUCAGCAGCUAUUGCAUAUAUUCAGGCUUUUGGGUACUCCAAAUGAAGAGGUGUGGCCUGGAGUGACUGCGCUGAAAAAUUGGCAUGAAUUUCCGCAAUGGAAGCCAAAGUGCUUAUCAACGGCCGUUCCUGAUCUUGACCCAGCGGGCCUCGAUCUUCUCUGGAUGAUGUUGCAAUAUGAACCGUCGAAAAGAAUCUCUGCCAAGAAGGCGAUGGAGCACAGAUACUUUGAUGAUUUGGACAAGUCGAACCUGUGAGAUAGGGUUUAUCUUUGCCAAAAAUGAAGUCUUUAAUUUUGCUUUUCUCGAGCAUCCGUUUAGUGACAGUUUGUCCUUAACUAAGAGUGGAUGAUACAGAAUCAUAUUCUGCUGUUAGAAUGAUAGUUCAGUUUCUUUGCUGUGUUCAAAAUUGUGCAAACUCUUGGUGCACAGGCAACUAUUAUGGCCAUGUUUCUACUUGCUCCUUACAGACCCUUUAGGCAUGGAGCCAGUUGUGCAUUAUAUUCAGCCUGUGGAGUUUAUAGCACAGUUGUGCAUUAUACCAUCUUCCUUCAAGUGCCAAACGCAGCACAAUUGUUAGGAUCAACAAAGAGUGCCACCAAGGCAGGUGUAGAAAAAGAUUAAAUCAACAAAGAGUGCCACCAAGGCAAGUAUUGGCUUGCCUCCUGUAAUUGUCCGAUUUCAGCCUAAUGCAAAAAUACAGUGUUUGUAUAA